UUGGCACAUGAAAACAAAGAACAUAAUAAUAAUACAUUUAAAACAAUCUGUAUAUCAACCCUGUUCUUUUCAUAAACACAGGUGAAGACACAGCGGACCAGGUCAAACUACACAUGAUACACAGGGCCAAAAACUACAAACAGGAAACACUCAAAACUAAACACAGGAAUAUCAACAGGAAAAUACACACAAAACAGAGAAACAUGAGGAUAUAAAUGACAAAAAGGAAGGAAACCCCAACUAAGCACCAAAAUAAAGAAUAAACUAACUAAACAAGAGUAGACCAUGACACAUAUAACCCACUUAAACCUUAGACCAAGCUGUAAAACCAGCUUAUAUGUGACUACCAAAGGUAUAAUAACAUACAGUAAAGCCUUAUUGUAAACCCCCUUGUACUGGAAUGGUCUGUCUGCAAUAUUUAACUGUUGAGUAGCUCUCCAGUUUUCCCCAGCUGACACAUGUAGGCUCAACUAACUUGAAAGAAUGAGCAGCUGACCAAUCAGGCAUCAUGGUUAUUUUAGUCCCUGCAUGCUUUUAGAGAUAAAGCAGGCAGUGAUUGGCAGACCUGUGUAUGUCUGCCUCAGGAUUCAGGGACUCACCCAAGUCAAUGCAUCUUAGCAGAUCAACUGAACAAGCUGAAUUCUGAUAUCAUAAGGACAAGUACAAUAUAGGAUGGAAGCAAGCAACCACAAGAUGGGAGAGAAAGCAGACGAAAAAAGUCACACUCUAAAUAUAAAUGUGACACCAGAUACUGAUGAAAACCCAACAGCAAAUGAGACUCAGUCAUCUUCAACAGUUGUUAUCCAAGGCCGGCCUGAUCCUGACCCUGUGGUCCAACCUGGUGCUGACACAGAUGUGAGAAAUGCUAUUAAGCCCCAACUCCAGAUAACUUUAAGGACAUUUACUGUCAAGAAUGGUGGAGAUCUGAAAGUAGAGAUCCCAGUGGUCGGGCACCCAGCACCAAAGAUUGAAUGGAAAAGAGAUGGCCAGGCAGUCAAAGAGACAUCCAGGCUAGAGGUUUCAAACACGUCAUCAUUAACACUUCUUCAUAUCAGACAUGCUGCUAGGGAGCACACUGGCCAAUACUCUAUUAUUGCAAGCAACAGUGUUGGAAAAUAUACAGGAGAAAUCACAGUGGUUGUCCUUGAAAAGCCCGACCCUCCAAAAGGCCCUGUGAAGAUUGAUGAGAUCCAAUCUGACUACGUUACCAUCUCUUGGGAGCCACCAGAAUACACAGGAGGCUGUCAGCUGGACAACUACAUCGUGGAGAAAAGGGAAAUCUCAAGUACUGAAUGGCAGACUGUGUCAGUGACAACAGUUAGAACCACAAUUAAAGUCACCAAACUGAAGACAGGAAAUGAGUACCAGUUUAGAGUGUUUGCAGAAAACAGGUAUGGGAAGAGUACUGCAAUCACCUCUCCUUUCGUGAUUGCACAAUAUCCUUUUAGUGUGCCCACUGCUCCUGGCAUCCCCUUUGCAUCCACUGUGGCAAAGUAUAACAUGGUGGUUGAAUGGGAACCUCCAGCCAAAGAUGGAGGAAGCCCAAUCAUUGGCUACCACCUUGAACGCAAAGAGAAGAACAGCAUUUUAUGGACAAAACUGAACAAGCUUGUCAUACCUGAUGCUCGCUUCAAAACAAGUGGACUUGAGGAAGGCAUUGAGUAUGAAUUCAGAGUCUUUGCUGAGAAUACUGCUGGACUCAGUCAAGCAAGCAAAAUAUCUGAAUGCUAUGUGGCAAGAGACCCCUGUGAUCCACCUGGUAAACCUGAAGCUAUUGUUAUUAACAGAGAGAACAUCACACUUCAGUGGGCAAAACCAAGACCUGGUCCUCCAGAUGGAUCUCUGAACGUGAAAGUUGUCAGUGCAGAGAAGUGUAAUCUUCACUGGAACCCCCCUCUAAAUGAUGGUGGUGCUAGUGUUUCCCACUUCAUCAUUGAAAAAAGGGAGACCAGCCGUGUGACAUGGACAGGUGUGGAUUCUCACAUUGAAGCUGUCAGUUACAAAGUGACAAAACUGGUACCUGGGAAAGAAUACAUAUUCAGAGUUGCUGCCAUGAACAAAUUUGGGGUUGGGGAAUUUCUGGAAUCCGACCCCUUCAUUGCACAAAACCCAUUUACAACACCUAGUGCACCCUCUACCCCUAUAGCGAGUGCCGUGACUGGCGACUCUGUAUUGCUAACAUGGGAAAGGCCUGAGACUGAUGGAGGCUCAGAAAUUGAUGGCUACAUCCUGGAGAAACGUGACAAAGAAGGUGUUAGGUGGACUAAAUGCAACAAGAGAAGACUUAAUGACUUGCGUUUCCGAUGCACAGGGCUCACUGAGGGACAUUACUAUCAGUUUAGAGUAUUGGCUGAGAAUGCUGGCGGUGUUGGGGAACCCAGUGAACCAAGUGAGUAUAUCAAAGUAUGUGAAGCUUCCUAUCCGCCUGGUCCCCCGACCAACCCAAAGGUGAUAGACUAUUCCAGCAGAACUGUGUCUCUGACAUGGUCAAGGCCCAUCUAUGAUGGUGGAGCAGCCAUCAGUGGGUUUGCUAUUGAGAUGAAGGAAGCAAUAGAAGAUGAGUGGAUCACAUGUACACCAAACACAGGGGUAGAGAACACAAACUACACUGUGAUGAGACUGACAGAAAAUGCUUCUUACAAUUUUCGUAUACGUGCGAUAAACGCAGCUGGGGUUGGAGAGCCUGUGGAUCUGCCUGGGACUGUGGUAGCUGCUGAAAAACUGGAGGCCCCAGAUAUUGAGCUGGACAGUGCCUUGAGGAAGAUUGUCAGUGUUAGGGCCUGUUCCACUUUACGUCUCUUUGUCACUAUCAGGGGUAGACCAGAGCCUGAGGUUAAAUGGUCAAAGGAAGGUGGUGCCUUCAGUGAGCGUGCUCAGAUUGAGGUGACAAGCUCCUACACAGUGUUAUUGAUUGAGAAUGUCAAUAGAAAUGACUCUGGAAAAUACGUGUUGACUGUUGAGAAUUACAGUGGUUCAAAAUCAGCUUUCAUCAAUGUCAGAGUAUUGGACUCCCCCAGCGCACCAACUAACUUAAAGGUGAUGGAUGUAAAGAGAGACUCCGUCUCAAUCUCCUGGGAGGCACCUCUCAUUGAUGGAGGAGCAAAGAUUUCGCACUAUAUAGUAGAAAAAAGAGAGGAGGCUAGAAAGGCAUUCACAAGUGUCUGCAGCAACUGUAUGAGAAACUCAUACAAAAUUGACAAUCUCCAGGAAGGAUGCUUUUAUUACUUCCGUGUCCUUGCUGUAAAUGAGUUUGGCACUGGCUUGCCAGCAGAGAUCACAGAUGCCGUUAAAGUGUCUGAGGCUCCACUUCCUCCUGGCAGGAUCACACUGAGUGAUAUCACUUGCAAUAGUGCAAGCAUCUCUUGGGAGAAACCUGACCAUGAUGGAGGAAGCAAAAUAAUAUAUUAUGUUGUAGAAAUGCAGGCCAAGGGAGAUAACACAUGGACCACAUGUUCAGAGGGUAAAGCACAUGAAGUGACUGUUAAUGGACUGGCAAAAGGAAAGGAAUAUUUAUUUCGUGUGAGUGCUGUGAAUGAAAAAGGGAAAAGUGAACCAAAGUCUCUUUUGGUACCAAUCACAGUUAAUGAUACAAGUGCUCAGCCCAUUAUCAAUUUGCUGUCCAACAUAUUCAGUGUGAAGGCCGGAAAUGAUUUAAAGGUUGAUGUUCCAUUUAAGGGUGUACCACCACCAACUGUAGAAUGGAAGAAAGAUGGCAACUUGCUGAAAGAGACAAGCAGGGUAAAUGUGUACACAUCUGACACAUCAUCCCAGUUGACCAUCAAAGAUGCAACCAGAAUAGAUGCUGGCAUGUAUGAGGUGACCGUAGCAAACUCAGUUGGAACCACAUCCAUUGAAAUCCAUAUAAAUGUUUUUGAAAGACCCGGACCACCAAGUGAGCUCAAUGUGGAUGAAGUGAGCGCUGACUUUAUAUCUUUGUCAUGGCAGCCCCCACAUUAUACUGGAGGUUGUGAAAUUAGUAAUUAUGUUGUUGAGAAGAGAGACACAGGCAGCACAAUAUGGCAGACUGUGUCAGCUACAGUUGCCAGAACAUCAAUCAAAAUUCCUCGCCUAACACAGGGCACUGAAUAUCAGUUUCGUAUUGCUUCAGAGAAUCGCUACGGCAAAAGUCAAUUUGCUGAGUCACAACAUAUUGUUGCUCAGUAUCCUUUCAAGCCACCUGGUCCCCCAAUAAAUCUCCGUGUUGUAAAUUCCUCCAAGUCCAUCAUGGUAGUGGCAUGGUGCAAACCAGAUAGUGAUGGUGGCAGCCCUAUUACUGGUUAUCACAUUGAAUGCAAAGAUCAAAGCAGUAUUUUGUGGAAAAAGUUAAACCGAAAUCUGUUGACUGAGAACCAGUUUAAGGUAACAAGUGUUGAAGAAGGUUUGAUAUAUGAGUUUAGGGUCUAUGCUGAGAAUAUGGCUGGUGUUGGACCAUGCAGUACAGCAUCUCAGCCUGUAGCAGCUAGAGACCAGUGUGAUCCCCCGAGCAGCCUUACAGUCACCAAUGUAACUAAUAGCUCAGUUUCUCUCUCAUGGGACAAGCCAGAAUAUGACGGUGGGGCUAAAAUAACUGGAUAUGUUGUUGAGCGUAAACAGCUUCCAGAUAGUUGUUGGCUGAAAUGCAACUUUACAAAUCUACUGGACACCUUCUUUGAAGUGACUGGCCUGGAAGAGGGUGAACAGUAUGAUUUUCGCGUGAUUGCCAAAAAUUCAGCUGAGCUGUUUAGUGCACCUUCUGAAACCACAGGAGCUGUUACAGUACAACAUGAUGUAGAGCCACCUAAAAUUACAAUGGAAGACAAAUUUAGGCAAGCAGUUGUUGUAAAGGCAGGAGAACUCCUAAGAAUAGAUGCUGACAUCUCUGGCCGCCCUAACCCUACCGUGUUUUGGUUGAAGAAUGGUAGAAAUAUUUGCACCAAGGGAAGGGUUGAAAUUAUUGCAACAAAAACACAUACCUCUCUACUUAUCAGAGAGAGUGUUAGGAAAGACUCUGGACAGUACACUCUGACCUUACAGAGUACUGGAGGAACAACCAAUAGAGCUGUUACCUGCAAGGUCCUGGACAGGCCAGGACCACCUGCUGGACCUCUGGAAGUCUCUGGACUCACAGCAGAAAAAUGUACCCUGUCAUGGGGACCACCUAAUGAGACUGGUGGUGCUGAGGUCAUGUACUACAUCGUUGAGAAAUGUGAAACCAGCCGUGUAGCUUGGAUAAUUGUGUAUAGUGACAUGAUGGCAACUACUUGCAAAAUAACCAAGUUGCUCAAAGGAAAUGAAUACCUUUUUAGGGUAAGAGCAGUCAACAAGUAUGGGGAGGGCGAAACAUUAGAAAGUGAGCCAGUUAAGGCCACUGAUCCAUUUACAAUCCCAUCUGCUCCAACGGAUGUUGAGGUCACAAGUGCAACCAGUGAUUCUAUGACUAUCUGCUGGAAGAGACCUGCCACUGAUGGUGGUAGCCGCAUCAGUGGUUACAUUAUAGAGAAGAGGGAGAAGCAGGGUGUUCGCUGGGGUCGUGUCAAUAAGAAAGCAGUCUAUGACUUACGCGUCAAAGCCUCCUGCCUGCAUGAGGGAUGUGAGUAUGAAUUCAGAGUUAUUGCUGAGAAUGCUGCAGGGCUAAGUGAACCAAGUUCUCCAUGCCCUCUAACUCUGGCAGAGGAUCCAACGUUUCUACCUUCCCCUCCUGCAAAACCCAUUAUAGUUGAUUCAUCCAGGUGUUCCAUUACUCUGUCAUGGAACAAGCCGCUGUUUGAUGGUGGAGCUGCAGUCACUGGAUACAAAGUUGAAUACAGAAAAUCCACAGAAGACGACUGGGCAGUUGGUGCUCAUAACACAGAUAAAACAGAGUUUGCAGUCACUGGACUCACACCAGGGGCAGUGUACAUUUUCAUUGUCAGAUCAGUAAACAAGAUUGGUAUCAGUGAGCCCAGUCCUGAAACAGAACCUGAAGUGGCAAUGGAGAGAGAGGAGGAGCCAAGGUUCGAAAUAAGCCCUGAGAUGAGGAAGACCCUGAUUGUUAAAGAUGGUAGCUCCUUCACUUUGACUGUGCCUUUCUCAGGCAAACCUGUUCCCAGUGUGACAUGGGACAAGACAAAUGUAGACCUUAGAGUGAGAGGAUUGGUCAACACGUGCAACUCUGUGACCUCAAUCACAGUGGAAGGGGCAACACGCGAUGACUCUGGCAAGUACAUAGUCAAACUGCAAAAUGUUGCUGGCUCUGCCUCUUUGACGCUGAAUGUCAGGGUUUUAGAUUCACCUGGUCCGCCAACAAAUGUAGCAGUUAAGGAUGUGACAAAGAACUCUGCUACUGUUUGUUGGGAUAUCCCAGAGAAUGAGGGAGGAGCCUCUGUCAAGCACUACCUUGUAGAUAUUCGGGACAUCAGCAGAAAAGGGUGGACGAGACUAACGGACAAAUGCCGCCGACUGUCCUACAAGGUAUCUGACCUGGAGGAGGGAGGAAUCUACUUCUUCAGAAUCACUGCUGAAAAUGAGUAUGGGAUUGGUAUUCCAGCUGAAACCAAGGAAGGAACAAAAAUGACAGAUACAACAGACUGGGAGACAAACCAAGGGGCUUAACUCUCAAGAGCUUGAAGUAAUCAUCUGCUGAACCUCCUGUCAAAAUUCCUUGUCUAUUUCUUCUCUUCAUUCAGCUUUGUUCAGAAAAAUUAGUUAGUAUGCUUUUGUUACAGAAGAUGUAGGCCUACCGGUAGUUUUUUUUAAAUAGGCCUAUUAUCUUGUAUUUGUUUUACGAUGUUUUAAAGUAAUCAUUAUUAAAUAUUAAAACAUUUUGAUGCUGUGUUUGUUUUGUUUUUGGCUAAUAAACGAUGAUGUUAAGAUCUACAUCAAAUGACUGGAACUUUACUUUGGAUUGGUUUUCAAAAGUUAUAUAGCCUAGGUUACAAUAGUAAAAGAGAAAGCAAAAAACAACCAAAACACAGAAAAAAAGACAACUGUGUAAAGAUGAAUUGUUUUCCAUUGUAAAAUUUGAUGAAGAAGACUGACACUCCAUUUGUAUGAUAGUUCAUGGCUGCAUCACAUCACUAAAGAUAAUUGUUGUACACAAACUGGACAUAG